AGCGGGAGCCCGUGCCCAUCGUCUCACCUCGCCCCCCACCCUGUCGCCGGCAUCGGUCCCAGCGGCACGGAGAGAAAGAAUCGGAAAUUGACAGCCCGACGUGGCUUCCUCUCAGUUCUGCGGUGUUUCCUGUAGGGAGGCUGCCGAGUGUUCAGCCUGAGUCGGCUGCCACCUGGAGAGACCCCAGUGAGGUCCCAAAGAUGGCAUAGUGAUGAAGGCACCCUCCACUGAUCGGAACGUCUUUACCCGAGGGUGCCUGCCUGGGCCCGUGGCAUCGCGUUUAGCCAAAGGAACUUGUCUACCACUUCCCGGAAAACGUCUUUCUCUCCUAAUUCAUGAGCCAGCAGGAUGCGGUCGCCGCGCUUUCAGAACGCCUGCUCAUAGCUGCAUACAAAGGCCAGGCGGAGAAUGUGGUUCAGCUCAUCAACAAGGGUGCCAAGGUAGCGGUUACCAAGCAUGGCCGGACGCCCCUGCAUCUUGCUGCCAAUAAGGGCCAUCUUUCUGUGGUCCAGAUCUUGCUGAAGGCUGGCUGUGACCUUGAUGUCCAGGACGAUGGCGAUCAGACCGCCUUGCACCGGGCCACGGUGGUGGGGAACACCGAGGUCAUCGCGGCGCUCAUCCAGGAGGGCUGUGCUCUGGACCGACAGGACAAGGACGGGAACACGGCCCUGCACGAAGCGUCCUGGCACGGUUUCAGCCAGUCUGCCAAGCUGCUCGUUAAAGCGGGAGCCAACGUGCUUGCCAAGAACAAGGCGGGGAACACGGCUCUGCACCUGGCUUGCCAGAAUAGCCACGCCCAGAGCACGCGCGUCCUCCUGCUGGGCGGCUCCCGCGCCGACCUCAAAAAUAACGCAGGCGACACCUGUUUGCACGUUGCUGCGCGCUAUAAUCACUUGUCCAUCAUUAAGCUCCUCCUCAGUGCUUUCUGCUCUGUCCAUGAAAAGAACCAGGCUGGAGACACAGCACUUCAUAUUGCUGCUGCCCUAAAUCACAAGAAGGUGGUUAAAAUCCUACUGGAAGCCGGAGCAGAUGGGACCAUUGUCAAUAACGCAGGCCGGACUCCACUGGAGACUGCCCGCUACCACAAUAAUCCGGAAGUUGCUCUCCUCCUCACUAAAGCGCCCCAGGUCUUGCGCUUCAGUCGUGGGCGAAGCCUGAGGAAAAAGAGAGAGAGGCUCAAGGAAGAGAGGAGAGCUCAGUCUGUGCCGAGAGAUGAUGUGGCACAAAGCAAGGGAAGUGUCUCAGCAGGAGACACCCAUAGCAGUGAACAGGCUGUACCCGGAAAAGAAGAGUCGAGAGAAGAUUUCCCGUCCACUUCCCCGGAGCCCAGAGCAAAGGACAACAGGCAGAAAAAGUCAAGGCCCAAGGCGUCAGCGUUUUCUGACCCCACCCCACCAGCAGACCAGCAGCCUGGACAGCAGAAGAGCUCGCACACUCACAGUCACCCUAAAAAGAGGCCCAGGCAUCGCUGUUCGCCCCCAGCCGCCCCCCACGAGUUCAGAGCGUACCAGCUCUACACGCUGUACCGGGGCAAGGACGGCAAAGUGAUGCAGGCGCCAAUAAAUGGCUGUCGAUGUGAACCCCUGAUCAACAAGCUGGAGAAUCAGUUGGAGGCAACUGUGGAGGAGAUCAAAGCAGAGCUGGUGUCGGUUCAGGAUAAGAUGAACACGAAGCUGGGGCACAUGGAGAAUAAGGCCCAGCACCAGAUGCGGGUUCUGGACAAGCUGAUGGUUGAGCGACUCUCAGCAGAGAGGACGGAGUGCCUGAACCGCCUGCAGCAGCACUCGGACUCAGAGAAGCAUGAGGGAGAGAAACGGCAGAUGUCCUUGGUGGAUGAAUUAAAAACUUGGUGCAUGUUAAAGAUUCAGAAUCUGGAGCUGAAGCUUUCUGGAGAUUCUAGGGCCUCCAGGACUAAAUCCACACCAUCCACUUGCGAGUCCUCCACAGGUGUGGAUCAGUCACUGGUGACCGCAGGUCCAGUAGCAGCCUCUGACAGCCCCCCUCAGGUGGUCAGGCCCAAGGAAAAGGCCCUCAGCUCCACAGCCGCCCACAGACUCCAGCAGGAGCUGUCUUCCUUGGACUGUACAGGCUCCCGACUGAGGAAUGUCAAGGUCCAGACAGCCUCGUUACCCUUGAAAGAGGCAGCCAAGUGCGACCCGCAGGCCGGGCCCUGUGUUGACAGAGGCACCCAAACCAAGAAGUGUGGGAAAGGUGGGCAGACGAGGCACCGCGGCCAGCAGCCAGCAGCCAGCACCGCCUGCGGGCGGCCGCCACCAGCAGCAGGUGGCGAGCAGACGGCCCCUCACGCUCGAGACACCUCCCAAGCGCUGGAGCUCACCCAGUAUUUCUUUGAGGCUGUUUCCACCCAGAUGGAAAAGUGGUAUGAAAGGAAGAUUGAAGAAGCACGAAGCCAAGCCAGUCAGAAAGCCCAGCAAGACAAGGCCACGCUGGAGGAACACAUUAAAAGUUUAGAGGAGGAACUUGCUAAACUAAGGACUAAGCAGUUCUAUUCUGGCCAACAUCUUAAUGACCAUGGUUCCACAUGUGAGAAGAAACUGCUAAAUAAAUCUUCUCUUGGGCUAAACAACGGACUUGGCCUAUAAUUCAGGAGGUACGCAAAGAUGUAAGUGAACAAAUAAAAUUAAACUGUUCUUUAGAGAGGAAGGGAAAAGCUUGUCCAUGAGAAUAGUCUUAGCCUCUGGAAGAUGAAAAUUCAAUUUUUCAUGUUUUAUCCACUUAAAAAAACAAAAUCAAAACAAAACCCCACAUUAGGUUUUCUUGGGGAGUCUGUGGUAUUUGAUUCUUGCAAAUACAAACCACAAAUGCUCUUACAUCUUCCACAUACAGUGCUGCUAGGAAGAACAUCAAAGUCACUGCUUGUCACACUUCAUAAAAGGAUGGUUUUUAGCUUCAAGAUUUUAGAUUUACUAGAGAUAGCUUGCACUUGAGUAUUUGCCAAUCAUGCCACACAAAAGAGCAAGUCUUUCUAAGGUUCUCUGUUCAGAAACUCUUCACACAUGCUUUUCCCUCUGUUCAUCAGAUGGCUUGACUAACGUACAUCUAUAUAAAAACCUGAAAAUUGGCUUAUUGCAAGCAUUUUAGAUUAGCACAUCCCCCUGUGGCAGAGUAUUCAGAAUUAUUUUGUCUUGUGGGUUCUGGAGCUGUGGAAGAGCAAGGGUGGCUCGGAAUGCAGGUUAGUGACACACCACUGGUUUACACCUCUCCCAUGGCACACAGUCCAGCACUAGACACUGUUUAUCCUGCAAAAGUUCUUCUACAUCUUUCAGAUGCUCUGAUUCUUGGAUUAACUUUUUAGAUUUGUUCUGUAGGUGAACUGCCAACCCCAGCCUCUUCCACGAGCUUUCACUUUCACUAAAUUAACUGUUAAACACAUUUGGUCUCUUUCAAAAGUGUCCUGAAGUCAACUUCUGUCUCCAAUGUAUUCUGCAAACUCUGUUUUUUCCUGUCACUGGAGGAGAACCUAAUGCACUGAGGAGCUUCCUUAAUUAAUGAUUUAUUUUACUUUCCAUGUGGCUAUUAAGGUAACCACAUUAGUUUUGACCAGGAGUUGCCUCUUCUUUUUGGUAGGUGCUUCAGUGCAUUUAUUAAACUUCUCUUUCUUCUUUUUUCUACAAAGUUCUAGAUUCCCAGUGGUGAUCUUUUUGGAAAGUCCUCUUGAGUAUCAGAUGCAACACAUCUGAAGAACAUACCUCAACAACCCUGAGGGUUAAUGCAGAAGGACUUUCCAAGGAAGCUCCAUGGUGUCUCUUGAGGUCAGUACACCUCCAGCCCUAUACCUCACACUGUUUUAAAACAGCUUAAUUGACUUACACAAUAUUAUAUAUCAAUUACAUUUCAAAAAAAAUUGGGGAAAAAUGGCUUUAUUCAGAUAUAAUUCACAUAUACCUGUAAAAUGUACAGUUCAGUAGAUUUUAGUAUAUUCAGGGUUGUGCAUUCAUAUAAAUAGAAUCAUACAAUACAUGAGCUUUUGUGACUGGCCACUUUAAUGUUUUCAAGGUUCAUCCAGGUGUAGCAUGUAUCAGUACUUCAUCCCUUUUUGUUUGCUAAAUAAUAUUUUAUUGUAUGGGUAUACCACGUUUUACUUAUCCAUUCAUCAGCUGAUGGGCAUUUGGAUUGUCUUACUUUUUGGCUAUUAUGAAUAAUGCUGUUUAACCUUUUGGGCAACUGACAGUCUUUUUUCCACAGUGGAUGCACAAUUUUAUAGUCCCACGAGCAGUGUUUAAGGGUUCCAGUUUCUCCACAUCCUCACCAACAUUUGCAAUUAUCUCCCUUUUUAAUUAUAGCCCAUUCUAGUGGAUGUAAAUAGUAUCUCUUGGUGGUUUUGAUUUGCAUUUUCCUAAUGAUUAAUGGUGUUGAACAUCUUUUUAUGUGCUAUCUAUUGUACUGAUCUUUGCUUCUUCCAAAAACUGACAUAUCC